UGAAAAAUAUUUUUGUUGCUGCUGUUCAGGCGAGAAGCGGAGUGGCAGGGAGGAUCGCGGUGGGGAAGAAUACCAGUGCAUUUGUUUUGUUUGCAGUUUUUUUUUAACUGGCCUUUUUCUACGCGUUUUUGUUGUUUUUGUUUUCGUUCUUCGAAGUGUAAGUUGCGAUGUCGGUGAAUAUGGACGAGCUGAGGCACCAGGUGAUGAUAAACCAGUUUGUUUUGACCGCUGGUUGCGCCGCCGACCAGGCUAAACAGCUCCUCCAGGCAGCUCACUGGCAGUUCGAGACGGCACUAAGCUCCUUUUUCCAAGAAGCUAAUGUUCCCAGUCACCACCCUCAGAUGAUGUGCACCCCACGCAACACGCCGGCCACCCCGCCCAACUUCCCGGACGCCAUCACGAUGUUCUCCAAGCUGCGGGCCUCGGACAGCAUGCACGGCAACAGCAGCCCUGUCCCGGGCUCCAUGGCCUGCUCGCCCCCCGCUGGCUUUGGCUCCUUCUGGGCCUCCUCGCCUCCCAGCCACCAGCCCGGCUGGCUGCCGCCUUCCUCCCCCACCAGCCACCACCUGCACCACCACCUUCACCACCAGACGCCCAUGUGGCCGCCCGUAUCCCAGCCCAGCAGUGCCCAGCAGACACCAGUGGUGCCCGCCCUGCACGGGCAGAGAUGAGACUCUUGGGAGGGUGGACACAUCUGGGAGGGGAGUGGUACCUUUCUCGUUCUUUACUUUUUCCUUUUUUUUAAUAAUAAUGACAGAACUGUUGUCUUUUGAAGACCUUUUUUUUUUCUCGUGUGUGUGCAUAUUGAUGUACGGCAAAGUACCCAAGCCAGGGGAGAGAACCACUAACAAAAAAGAGAUGAUAGGAAGUAGACAUGUAAUUCUUCUCCUCGAAAGGUUUGGGGGCUGGAAUUAGAGAAGACAGAGACAAAGCACUGGAAUGUUUUCAUCUCUUCCGAAGACACAAAAUGGCACUCAAGUGCUUGGAUGGGGACUGUUUUCUCUCCCCAUUGGUCAUCAGUUUCUUUUUCUUUCCGUUGCAAAAAGUCUUCAGGAUUUCACACCAAGCUUCGCCAGGAUAACAUCCGUCUUUUCAGCCACGACCAGCAUCCAGGAAAACAGGCGGAAAGCUCCUUUUUGUUGUAUUAAUCUUCCUUCUUCUCUCUCCACCCCUCUGGAAAGAUGAGGACAAGUCUUAAUUGCUUCCCUUGAAGUUGUUGCAGCAGCCCCUGUAAGUAGCUGGAAAACGACAAGGUAGGAUGCCAGUUCUUUUCCCCGAGUGCCCACACAAGCUCUAUACCUACAGGUGUGUAACGCGCACUGCCCCUGUCUGAAAAAUGAGUCUCAAUCAUAAUGGGGGUCUUCGGGACCCUUGUUCUGUCAGUGUCAUCCAUCUGAACAUCAGGAUCUACACGCAGUAAAGAAGUUUUGGACCACUGUUGUGUUCGUCAGGUCAUUGUGCUGGAAGCAAUAAGAAUAUGAAGCCACUAUUAAGGUUCCAUUGUUGAACGAAUCAGUGGACAUUCUGACAUCCCCAUACCCCAUGAAAAUCUGCUUUAUUAAAGCUUAUGACUAAAAGGAUUCUACAAACCAUGUUCCUUCUGUAUAGAAAAUUACAGUUUGAAUGAUAAAAUGACAUGAACUCAAUGGACACAGGAACACCUUUUAAACUGCAUCAAGGAUCGGCAGCUGUAAUUAACACAUUGGUUGUUCUGCACCAGCAUCCAUAUGAUUCAGAACUUGCGUCUUUUUAGUUACCAGUGGAGUUUCCUGUGGUGUUGUGGCUGGUUGUGGUAAUUACCCCAGCAGGCUGCAUGCCGGAAAGGAUCAUUCAUGUACAUUUAAGUUUUUUAAAUGGAUAAAUCUUGAAACAGUUGAAACUAAUGGUUGCAAUCUGUGUGGUGGUUUGACACUGUGCAACCCUGGGUAACGAAUUAAGUGAUCAAAUAGAAGAGUCAAGUCACUGUGCUCGAAUGGAAAAUGCCCGUUUCUAAACCUAGUUUGCAAAUGUUUUGACGAAGGGGGGUUGAUGUCUGUUUAGGGAAUCUCUAUGGAUUUCUGGUUUUCAAUAAUACAAACCUUUGUUUCUUACCAGAAUCAGCACAAUAUCCUGCACUGCAUCUACCUCUGAUUGGUGGUAAAUACGCACUGAAAAUGGUUUGUUUUCUUAUCUUAACUGCUGUGAUGCUGAAAGACACUAAAGCCAGGUACAUUUCACUGGUCUGAAGAGUGUGAAGACAGGUUCAAGAGACAGCUUACACUGUUUCAGGGACCUGAGCAUUACAGGCCUCCAGCAACACUCCCAAGCCAUACAGACUCUUUAUAACCAGUUAUAUUUGCCUGGAGGGCUGCAUAGCAUGAAAUAGAGUGAUGGGGAAAAGAUUUAGAUUUGAAAGAUGACAUAAAGCUUCCCAAUAUGUCAAAAUAUUUGCAAAUCUGUGGUUGAUCUCCUUUGACAUGAGACUGUCAAGCGUACAAAUCUGUAGGAAAGAUGCAAUGAAAGUGGGUGUUGAGCACUGGUGUGACAUCACUUCCCUUUAAAACAUUUCUGUCGAUAUCAUUGAAGCGGAGGAAAACAUUUGAUUGCAGCACUUUGAUCCACUUCAGGUUUAAAUGUUGAGUCUUUGAUACUUGAAUACAAAGUGCUGGUUGUUUCCAGCUUCUUACUGUAUUUUGGGUAAAUUUGCAGGAACAGAUGUAUGAAGUUCCUCUUCUUGGCAGUAAACCAGAGCCGGUUUGGUAAUUCUGUCCAGAAAGCAGUAGUGUGAGCUUUUAGUUUUACAUAUCCAGUAUUUUUGAUUAGUGGUUAGCCAGUUUAAAGUCACAGUUUUGGGGGAUUUCUCAGUCACUGUGUAGUACCUGAAUUAGCUAACAUGAAAAAAUGAUACCACUGGGUAAAACUUUGAGUUUACCAAGCUGCUUUGGAAAUUGCAAUAUUUCCAUUAGUCACAUCCAGCCACCCAGAUCCAUAGUGUACACAAUUGAUCCCCUGCUGGAAGGGGCACCAGUCCAUUGGAGGACCCUGGCAGUAAGGGGCAAAGUAGAGUGGCCAGCAUAUGAUUAGGAGGCAGGAGACAAUUGGAGCAGCUGUCAGAAAGCUUUGUGAACGUAGGAAAUGCAUGCAGAUUCAUGCAAUUCACACGAAUUCCUUAAGCCAAGGACCCAGGAUCUAAGAGAUUGCAGGGCGAACUGUAACAACAUUGGCUAUUUUGCUUUUUAAGAGCUAUUUGUGCAAGAACCUACAGCUUGCAGUGGAUCAAAUUGCUGUGAAGUAACCAGUGGUUUCACUGCUGUAAUAUCUGGAUUAUUGAUUGUUUCUGAAACACAUUUGUUGAUGUUUGGGAAAACCUAAGCCAGGAUGAAAUGGAACUUUUAUGACAACUUUUUUGUUAGAUUACCAGAUAACCUGAAUAGGUUAGUCUUGACUAAGUGAGAAUUGGAGAUAGUAAGACGAGACCUAACUUGUCAUCUCAAAAAAUGUUGAUGGAGAAAUUCAGAGUUUUCAGUUUUUUAAGGAACCAUAUAAACGUUACAAUAUCCUUUCGCAAACAUGUUUGUGCAUCUGUGUUUCAGCACAGUUGUUCUGGAGAUUCUUAAUACAAUAUCUAAUGGUCCUGAAGGGCCAGUAUGUCUACAGGUAUUCUAGAGCUCUUUAAAGCCUUGGUACCCAAAGCACCGCACGCAGUUGUUAAACUGGUCUAGUUUAGGUUAACAGCAAGCUGAGUUACUGUAGGUUCUUAAGAGGCAAGCUGAAAUGAAAGCCUAUGAACACUCUGACCUUCCAAGUCCUGAAUUGAAUGCCCUUGGUCUGGAGGAUGUUUUUCUUAUUUUUUUGGGUGUUUUGGAGUCCCGUGGGUAUUUGGAAUGUGGGUAUUUGGAAUGGACGUCAUCAAGAGAUCACUUUGAAACGUGUGGAUUUCUAAGAGCAGGACACACUGCCAUGUGACUCGGAGACCAUCACCAGCACUGUCCAGAAGACUCCUUUCACGGUCCUCUGUGUGCAAACUGUCUGCCGCCAGAGACAAGCAUUUAUUUCUCCUGUCCACAAAGUCACUUUGUACAAGUCUUUGAGAAAGUGAUCUUUUUUGUUGAUUGCUUUUGGAACAGGGAGAUGUGUUGAUGUGUUUUUUUUUUUUAUAAAACUACAUGAUGCAUCUGUCUUGAGUUUUAACAGAUGGUUUGAAUGACAAUACUGUAGCUUCAACACUGCUUGGAAGUAGUUAUUUUUAUUUUGGCAGGGGCACAAACUCUCCGAUUGAUGAUUGAUUCAGGUAUCCUAGCUUUGUGCAACAGUUUCCAGUUUCCUCCCAGUUUUUUGCUGCCCUGAGCUCCUGGUGUUGAGGUGUACAUGUGAAAGUCAUUAAGUCAUCAGUCCUAUACACCGCUGUCCGGAGACAGUGCUCCAUUCUCUUCCAUUCAAGCCAGUUGACAACAAGUCUUGGACAGAGCCUCAGCAAUAAUGUAUUAUUCAGUCAGCUCAUGAAAAUGGUAGUUGAGGCUUUUUUCCAUCUCAGUGCAAAAAAAAUCUAGGUUAUGAUUUUGUUUCUAACAACAUUUGCAUUUUAUAGCUAUAUUGGCAGAGAAAAUUGAAAUAGAGAUUAUUGAAAUACUUCUGAUAUAUUUUUAGAGGUAUUGUGAAGGAAAUUGUUGGGGGGGGAAAAAUAUCCUCUUGAAAUGUCUUUCAAGCCCAGAUUAUUACUAUUUAAUAUACAAUAAAUGAAUUUAAAUGGUUAAAAGAGUUGAUAAGAAGGUUUUGAAACGUGUUCUAAUUCUUACCCUGAGCUGUUGAACAGUCCUGUUUUUUUUCUGCAGUGGCAUCCUCUCAGUGUUUUUAACACCUGAACUUUGUCUCAGUAGGUUUACAGUAAUGGGUCCAGGGCAUGUUUCCCUCCCGUCACCUUUGACCCCCAUAACAGAAGAGGGGGUGAAAACCAACAAAAAAACAACACAUAGCGUCCAUUGUUUCUCCCUGAGCUGCCAACACUGCAGUGACGAUCCAUUGCGCUUUAAGAGAAAAAACAAACUUAUGGAUUUGUUUGAGAAUUUCCAGAAAAUUUCCAGAAUGUGGAAUUGAUGGACUUAAGAGUGCCUCAGUCUACCAAACAUUAGCAUCACAACAGAUCCUGGGAAACUCUUACGGCAUCUGUAAAAAGUUGUCAGGAUGGUCAUGUUGGAGAGAAAUUAAAGGAUUGUUACUUAAACAGCUACAAGAGUGAGUGAGGGAGCCUGAUGCUCUAUACCCUGAAAAGCUGCCUGAACACUGGCACUUCAGUUCCCAGGUGAAUGAUUGGCUGAACACUGCAGGUGUAAGAGCAGACCUGGCUCCAGCAAUGGCCACUGUUCUUGAAAUCUUUUAAGAGCCAGAGCAAACCAUCAGGUGUUCAGCUAUGCCAACUAUAUAUACUGUAGGUCAGAACCUCAGCAGCAAGGCAAGGAAUAUUUCAGUUUCAGUACUUUUCUUGAGAACUAAUGUAGGUUCACACUUAGAAGAAGGCCAGUACCAAUUCUGUUUGGUUGACACACCGUAGUGUAGCACUUUGUCUUUAUCACGUUUCUCCGUUUCACACCCCAGUUACCUCUGUAGACCUCUGCAAUGCCAGAUCAAACAAAGUCUUUUUGACAAUAACCCCUUUAGAAAUUUGGUGAUUGAGUGUCAGUUCAACGAGGUAGUGUCGCCAUAUGUCACAAAAUUGGACACAGUUUGGACGAAUUUUCUGAAAUCUCAGUGGUCAAUUUUAUAAUAGUAGAAGAAUGGUAAUCUGGAGUAUCGGUUUAGGUGAGAAUUCUCCAACCUUUCAGUUCAGAAAAAUUGUAGAUGUUAUAAAGUUAAAAAUUAGUAUUUGCAGUAUGUUUAUCCACUCCACAUAAUGGGUUCUUGUCAUAGACUUACCAGUACAUCACUGCACAUGAAAACAUUUUGUGACUUUUCCCAACAUGAUUACUACAAUAGUUCAAUGUUGUUGAAAAUUGAUGACUAAUGGUCUGUAAUGCAUAAUGGAGAGUUGUGUCCGGAACCAAGUUUAGAUAACCCUGAUAAUAUGGUGCAUUCACACUACAGCUGAUUGUGGAAAGUUAAACAUAACCGCCAUGUGACUUCUGUACACUUUUGAAAUAUGUGGGCUAAGAAACGUGUUCAGUUGCAUAUGUUGUGUCUACAGGCUUUAAAAACAUUAGAAAAUGCAUUUUUUGUUGCUUAUGAGUAACAUUACACAAUUUGAAGUGGCUACAAAUGCUGUGGAAAUUGUUUUCGAGAAUUCUGUAAUAGAUGAGGUGCCUACUGUAGAGCUGUAUAAUUGCUAAAUUAACAUUUUGAAACAAAAGUCAAAUGUUUGGGUCAAAAGGGUUAAGCUUUCAUUCAUUACUAUAAUUGCUUUCUUUCCACUAAUUGGAAUAGAAUAUCAAAAAUGUUCUGCCUUCAAAAUGUUUUUUUUUUUUACAAUGUAAUUGUUUAUAUCUCAGGAACAGAGAUCUCUGGUGAAGUGUUGGAUCAGUGUUAUGACUCAGUUGUGUAAUCCUAAACUUGAUACCCCCCUAUGUCAGGCCCUAGUACCCUUCGGACUCCAGCGAUGACCCUUUGAACCUGCAACCAAGAGUAUACUGUAUGUUAAAAUAUGUUGAUCACACUGACUACAAAUUCUAGCAGGGUGUGAAUGCCGAAGACUGUAGCAUACUUAUUUCAGAUCAGUCACCACACAGAUUUUAGUUUUCCAUCAAAUCACAUUUACCAACAUUUUGUAGAUUUGUAUGUAUAAGUCAGCUGAUUGAGCUGUAUAGUGACUUUUCCUUUCGAACAUUCUGUCCCAGCUGGCAAAAUAUGCACACUUUAAGCUUGACUAGGAUUAAGUUAAAGUAACUGGCCUUAUCUCAGAAUUGUGAUUAAAUGCUGUUUAGAUGGCUCUGGACCUUUUAUCCCAGUGACCACUGGGUGCACUACAUCUGCAGCUGUAAUAAUGUUGUCAGUGAUGGCUUUCUGUCAGAUGUCCCAAUGAUUGUCCCAGUUUGUACAGUACGAGGGAGUAACAAAAGUGUAAUAAUGAGGCCAAAAUUCUUUUGUAUAAAAGGACAAACUGCUUUUCUUUCCUGUUUAUUUCCCCUGUUGAAAUUUGUAUUUAUAUAUUUAAAAAAAAAGUAUUAUUUGCUACCACCAUGUUGUGUCUUGUGCUUUUGUCUGGAAUUGGUUUAUAACUAACACAAAAACAUUUGGAGCAGCCUGUUCUAGAGUACAUACUCAUCUGUUCUUUACCUCUACAUUGUAAGAUCUAAAAAAUAAUGGUAGUAUGCCAAUGUUAUGUAAUGAAAAUGCAACAGUGAGAUUAAGAUUCAUCAAGAUUGAUAAUAGUACUUUUUAAACACAACUAUUUGUCCCCAGCUGUCUGGUGGGGUAGUACAGGCGUAAAGCCAUGAGGUAAACUGGUAUUUUAUCCUGUGUAAUUGAUUUAUUAGGAAACAAUGGCCUAAUAAAUAGUGUUUUCAAUCCA